CCGUCGCACGUAUAUAACCAACGAUCGCCUCGAGUAAUUAACCUCGUGGCGAAAAGAAAAAGGAAAAGAAAUAAAAAAGAAAAGAAAAGAAACGAAGGAGAAGAAAAAGAAGAAUUCGCGAGGAAGGGAAAAAUUACAGAGCCCCCCUUCGUCUUCUUCCUACUUUCUCGCGGUCGCGACGAAAGAAAGGCAGGUCGAUCGCAUUAAAAACGAACGUUUCGUGAGCACGAUGCGCGCGUGCACGCACAGCCGCGCGCAACGGUGCGACGAGGAUGGCCAAACUAAUGGCAGAUGGUGCGAGAGAACCGGCGGAGUAAGCGAGACGAACGAUGGCACUUGUCUCUCCCUCCUGCUGUUACUGUUAUUACUUGCUUGUUGUUGUUUCGAUAAUUCUUGACAUUGGCGGGAACAGUAUAAUUUUUCCAAAUAAUUUAGAAGCGUUACUAUAGAUUAAUUUUUGUAUAUACGAACAUUUAAGAAUCGUAUAGGUUAGAAUGUUUAAAAUAAAGGUUCAAAAAAACAAUAAAAUAGAGACAGAAAAAUAGGUUAGUUUUAAUGUCUAAUAUUUAUUUCGAUUCAAUAAUAAUAUCACAAAGGAACUGGAAUACCAUCAAGUUCAAAUAUCCUCGUUAUAUAAAGCGACACAUUCUCAAGAUGGCUCGUAUACGUCCGCUCGUUAACGCGUGCCAUCGAGUACCAUAUCUACGCCAAUGUUUGCCCACCAUCUCUGGUGUACGUCACUUCUUCUCGUUGCUGUUCGCGUAUAGUACUUCUGCCUAUGAGACGCACUGCAGGGCCACUGGCAGAUGGCUAGGCCUUUUGUGCUUCUACACUUCCCUCGUAAUCUCUCGCUGGCUCUGUCUCUCUCUCUCUCUCGCUCCUUCUAUCCCCCGUCCUUGUUGUCUUCGAAGCUCUCUCGCGGGCAGAGUUAAAUUUACUAACCCAUAUGGCGCCCCUCGCGCCACCUCUGCGCCAGUUCCCCUGUCUCACUUCAAAAAUCCGUCCUGCUCGUUCUUUUCCCUCCGUCGUGUUUCAGACCCGCGUUUCUCCAUUGUUUUUCAUUUUUUUCUCUUCUUCAACAACGUGUUAUUUAUUUAUCUUUUCCCCUCCUCUUCUUCUCUCGCGCUGAUUUUUCCUCGGUCGAAAAUUUUUCUACCGUCUCGUUUAACCUGCUGCCCUCUGUCUCGAUUCUCUAUCCCCACCCCUUCGACUCUUCACUACCGCAGUAUCGGCCGAUAUUACAAGCUAUAUCGGGCAGCAAAAGGCUGCCGGUUCUAAGACAGAAACUCUUCUCGACGAUGAAGGAGGGAAAAAAAAAAAAAGAAAAAAGAAUCGAUGUUCUUGGAAGGAAGGAGGCUGGCCGGAAUCCUGCGUGUGGAAACAACCUUUGAAUCGGCACGGUAGUAAUCUGUCUUCUUAUACCAGCGACGUCGAGGAAAAGGAAUAGGCGGCGUCGUAACGUGUAAUCGCUAUUUGGAGUGUCGGAUUUAUUUUCGUUGCGCCAGUGCGUGAGAAUGGGUUUUCAUUCAGCAAAAAAAAAAAAAGAAAUUCUCGAUGAUAAUAUUCUAAUGAUUGAAAAAAAAAACUAAAAUAUAUUCCCAUAGCGUAAAAGAUAAUUUUUAUUCGAAAGUAUUUAACACUGUAUCCCUAACUAGGAGGAAAUCCUUCGAAGUUUGCACGGACGGAUCGACGUGGCGGAAAUGCGCUAAUUACAGCCGGGAGUCGCGGUGCGUAGACGCAAAAGCAACAAUGUAUCAUUAAUAACAGUUAGCGGAAUGGCUUGGAUAGAUGAGCUUCUUUGAGCUCAAUGCGUGAAAAGACGACGAAAAGAUGACGGGUUGAAAUAAAUAAAUACAUCCCGUCUUCUUCGUGAUUUUCUACGCUGGAUUCAUUCCCGGAUUCCUUUCUUAAUUACCAUGCGUGUCGGUCGAUCCGUGAGAUAAGAAAAAAAUAAAAAUGGCGGAGGAGUCGCCGCGUUACCAAAAGUUAGUGAGGAAAAAUAGUGAGGAAGAGGUUAGUUGCGCAAGCGCGUUCUGGAAUACGCAUGCCUGCCGUUAAUUAAAAGACAGAAACGUUCCCCCUAGUUCUUACGUAUACACGUAAUCGUAACCUUCGUCUGGUUGCAUCAAGAUUGAGAGUCACCACGUCUCUUUCUCUCUCUCUCCCUUCGUCGUUCUUGGGUUAAUUGCUUUACGUUACACCGUGUUGCGAGACUUAUUAAAACAGCACGAUUCGCGACAGUGCUGCUAUUGUGCAGAAUCGUCGAGGAAUUCACUCGAUUCUGUCGACUUCUCUAUGAACUCGAUCUCUAGCUUCUAUAAUUACGAUAUCUUCCUCUAUUAUUUAUAACAUAUUUCUCUUUAUUGUUUCUCUUGGUUAAUUAUUUUUUUUUUUUUUUAUCCUUUCAUCAAUUUCAAUUCCCUCGCGAAUUGUUCGAUCGAUAAUUUCUCGCCGUCGGUAACGUAAUCCUUCCUUGUCGCCCGAAAACGGUUGCACAAAGAUGAUCGGGUCGGUUCAAAGAAUCAUUAAAAAAAUUCCUUUCUUUUCCUUAUAUCUCUUUCCUGUGUGUCCGCGGUCCACAAAGCACAAGCGGAGCCGCGCGUAUCGUACAUACUCGAGGAUCGUGGGUACCAACCCGAGAAGGACGUCGAGCACGGAGAAAAAGAGAGAAAAGGACAAAUGAAAGGUUCGCGCCGCGCGACCAACAGAGACGGCUAAGGAUAGAGAGGAGCAUAAAGGUGGCAUACACACAUACAGGCGCUCACGUAUAUAUACGUAUACAUACGUAUAUAUAUUAUAUAUAUAUAUGUUUAUAUAUAUAUAUACGUAACCAACCGCGUAGAGAAGGUGGGGAAAUAAUGAAGAGAAGGUGGGACCGAAAGAGACAGAGAAUCGUGGUCCCACGACCGAAAAGGCUGCGUGAUUCGCGUCCCAGACGAAGGAACAAGGAGAAGGGCAUCGGAUGAAUGGCUGACUCGGGUAUACGCCGAUACGCGGCUUCCACGACGUGAAACGUUUAGCAUAAAUUACGUCUUAGAGACGGGGAGAGGACUCGAACGCCGGCUGACCGGUACUCUACCCGACUCAGCUCCACGAUGCUCGGAAUACCAUGAGUUUUUUAUAACCGAGAUAUACACCGGAGGGAUUCGGUGAAAGUUUUGCAAUUGUAGAUGUCGGUGAUCUCUCGAGGCAAGUGGGAAACUGUCGCUUCGUUUUUCUUCGUUAGUUAAAAGAUUAUUAUAUAUAGAGAGAAUCGUGAAAGAAUAUUAAUUUUUAUAUAUUAUGAAUAAUAAUAUUAAAGAGCGUAAUAUUUUUGGAAAGAAAAUAUACGUUAAUCAUUGAUGUAUCCGUAAAUUCAAUCGUGAUAUUCGUAUUUGCCAUGUUUAACGUUCCUUUUGCGAUAUGACGUAAGCUACUAGUAUAGUGAAGUUUGACGCGAACAGAUGAAACGAAGGAACCUACUUCACGUUGCAUAACUUAUUGCUAGUAAGAGAUUUUAGACUGUAGUGUAUCUUUAGAAUCACCCGCGUUUGACCUCUUUUCUACUUCGUUGCUUCCUUCCUUUCUCUCAUUCGCACGAUGCACACGCAAUAAAAUCGUUUCGCGUUUUCAAAUCGAUAUAUCGAUGCGUCGCACGUCAAAUCGAGGGACUCGAAUGGCGGAAAAGUAGUGUUGCAGGUGGCGCCUCAGGGACGGCCAUUGUGUGUUCGCGAUCGUGGGAAAGUCGGCCGCUAAUUAACCGUCAAAAUCUAAUUAGCAGAAUAACUAAUUAGAGCGUUACGCUGGCUAACGAUUACAAAUUGUGCUCGAACUUAUCUACAAAUAGCUACUAAGAGGCGGAGCAACGAUUAUUCGAAGCGUGUCGUGGAUGAUGAAGAAGAGAAGUCACUCUUUCGCUAUUUACCUCGUCUUUUACUUCUCUUCCCUCUUCGUCUUUCGUGCAGCGACAUCAGUGACAUCUUUCAGAAGGAAGAGUUAAACGAAGAAAGAAACGAAGAAGAGUGUUCUCCGUAAAUAAUAGUAAAAUGGCUUUCUGUCCGGAAGCCAUCUUUUUUUUCACUAGUCGUGCGCGCCACUAGCGCCGGGAAGAAAGAGAGAGUAUGUAUAUGGGCCACGAGCGUUUCUAACCUCACUCUAGCCACAACUCGAACAGAGAUACAACAUAAACGGGAGUGUACUGCCCCACCCUGAAGGCGCGACACGUGGUCAUCGAACAGGGCACAUUCUCGCUGAUAGUGGAGGCUUAUCACGACGCAGACAACACGACACAACACUCGAGCGAGAAAGUGUUGAUAACCAGGCUGACUACGCAAAAGUGGUUGGACGUCGGGCCAAAUUGGACCGAGGACGAGUACAGGAGCGCCCAUUCGAAGAUGGUGUACGAGUACAGGGUGACUUGCGUGGCGCAUUAUUACGGGAAGGGUUGCGAGAACCUGUGCAGGCCGAGGGACGACAACUUCGGUCAUUACAGCUGUAGCCCGAGCGGGGAGCGCGUAUGCCUCUCUGGAUGGAAGGGCGACUACUGCAAUACCCCCCGCUGCCUGCCCGGAUGCGACGAGCAGCACGGACACUGCAAUCGACCCGACGAAUGCUUAUGCCACAACGGUUGGAAGGGAGCGUACUGCGACCAGUGCGUGAGAUAUCCAGGCUGCCUUCACGGUAGCUGCCAGAAACCCUGGGAGUGCCUGUGCGACGAAGGCUGGGGCGGUCUGUUCUGCAACCAGGACCUCAACUACUGCACGAAUCACAAGCCCUGCUUGAACGGCGGCACCUGCUUUAACACCUUUAACGGCCAGGGUUUGUACACCUGCUCGUGCGCGCCAGGUUUCAACGGCACUAACUGCGAGAAGCCGCUUUUGGAUUGCGACUCGAACCCCUGCCUGAACGGUGGAUCGUGCACCAUGGAACCGCCCUAUGGAAAUUCUAGCCUGAUCAAAACAUCGGAAUCUUCCUCCUCCUCCUCCUCCUCUUCGUCAUCAUCUUCGUCGUCGUCGUCGUCGUCAUCCACUUCAACGUCGUCGCCGUCGUCGUCGUCCACCAGGCAACAUUAUCGCUGCACCUGUCCACCGGGUUGGCGAGGUAGACACUGCGAGAUCAGCUCGAGAUCCUGUCGAGAUUCUCCCUGCCAUCACGGAGCCAGCUGCGAGGACGACUCCCUUCACGGCUACGUGUGCCGUUGUCCUCCCGGUUACACGGGGAACGACUGCGAAUCCCAACUCGACCAGUGCUCGCCGAAUCCGUGCUCGAACGGCGCCACCUGUACCGACCUGGGAAACAGCUUUCGGUGCUCCUGCCCGCCCGGUUUCACCGGCGAACGCUGCGAGACCAACAUCGACGAUUGCCAAGACGACCCGUGCCUGAACGGCGGGACCUGCGUCGAUCUAGUCAAUCAGUUCCGUUGCCAGUGCGUGCCUGGAUACGUGGGCCGGUUGUGCCAGGACAAGGUGGAUUACUGCCUCACGAAACCGUGCGCGAAUGGUGGCCGUUGCAUAUCGGGUACGAACGAUUAUAGGUGCGCGUGCAAGCCUGGAUUCACGGGCAAGGAUUGCAGCGUGGACGUGGACGAGUGUAGAAGCACGCCAUGCCGGAAUGGCGGCACGUGCGUGAACCGCGUGAACGGUUUCCUUUGCCAGUGCGCAGACGGUUGGCACGGCGACACUUGCGCAGACGAGAUAGGGAGCGGGACGGUCGCGCUGCCAGCUCCGUCGAACACAGCGGCAGCCGCUGUACCGGCCGUACCUCCGUCCGGGGCUAGUUACUGGUCGGGAAAUUUGUCGAGGCACGUGGCGUCCGCGUCCGCGGAGCCCAGGGACGCGGGCCUCACCACCGAGCACGUGGUGGUGAUCGCCACGUUGUCCACGGCCGUGCCGGCGUUCGUCCUGGUCGCGGCCGUCGCCGUGAUGUGCAUGAAGAGGCGGCAGAAGAGGGAGCAGGCGAAAGCGGACGAGGAGGCGAGGCUGCAGAACGAGCGCAACGCUGUGCACAGCAGUAUGAGCAAGCGUGGCGGUGGAAUGGGCGGUGGCGCGGGGGUCGGGACGGGCGGAAGUCAAGGGGUUGGCAUCGUUGGUAACGUGGGGCUGCUCGGUGGCGGCGGAAGCGGAAUGAUCAGCGCCGGGGGCGGGGGCAGCGUGUGCACCCUGGGCACCGGGGACGCCCACAUGAUAAAGAACACAUGGACGGCGAACAAGAGCGUGAACAACGUCGCGUCCGCCAGACAGGACGACCUCGACUCGUCGUUUCAAACGGACGUCACGCUGGAUAGCUCUUGCUCGGGUUACAAGCCAGAACCGGUGCUGGCGGACGGGCGAACGCGGACAACGAAACAACUGAACACGGAGGCGGCCGCUCACAGGGCGUCCCACCUCUUCCAAAAGGAGAAGGAUUGUCUGGGCCUUGGUCUCGGCAUAGGCGUCGGCGUCGGCGUGAUCGAGAGUGCCAAGAGGUCGUCGGUGUUCGCCGGUAACGCGACGACGGACAGCUGUUGCGCGGCGGAAGCGGCGUUGCUCAAGAGGCCGACGAACAUCACCGAAGGGGGCAGUGGUCCACCGGGGAGCGGUGGCGGUGGAGGUGGCGAGACCGGGUGCGGGGUAUACGUUAUAGACGAUCACUAUAGGCACGACACGUCGCUCGCUGCCACGCUCGCGACGGAAGUGUAGUUUUUCUUCCCCUUUACUCCCCCGUGUCCAACUUUGUUGUUCUACGAUAAAUAGUAUAGAGAUGAGAGCCAGUCGACCGAUCAACGUGGACUCUAUGUGUAUAUAUAUAUAUAUAUGUAUGUAUAUAUAUAUACAUAUGUAUAUACAUAUAUACAUAUAUUCGUAAAACGAACAUUUAUCUUCCUCCGUAAAUGACCGAAAAUGCUGUGCGUGCCCCCGCGUGCGACUCACACGCGACCAAGAAGAAGAAGAAGAAUAACUCUUGUUUUUCUCUCUGCGCGUUACAAUACGUUUGUUUCGUCGUCGCUGCGCACCGCGUAACUACCAACCGGCGCGACAGAGAAACACACGCGUUACGAAUCCCUUUGUGCAUAUACGCGCACGUACGUACGCGAAUACUACUACAAUAGUCAUCUACGUGUGGUGCGCGCCGCGCUCGGCUCUCCGUUAUGGGCCAGCGGGUGAACGGGCGUGCGUUUCUUUGCGAUUCCUUUGUUUCUCUCCCUCCCGUUGCGCAGGACGUCGCGCGUGAGAACGUUCCACCGGACUUUGCCACUACGGUGACGACACACAACGCAACGGUGGUAGCGGGAUGCGUCGUUGCUCGCUGCCGUUGUUGCCGUUGUUGUUGCUCGUUGCUCGCUGUAUCGCUGAAGCGAAAGAAGUCGGCUCGCGCGUGCACGUUCUAUUGGACGAUCGCGCGGGACGAUCCUCUCCGUUGAGGUUGAUGUGAUGACGAGAAGACAACGGGCAGUGGAGAGACUCCCGAGAGACUCCUUCCUUGAAAAAAGAAAGAAAGAAAAGAAAAGAAAAGAAAAGAAACGGAAGAUGAUGAAGAUGACGAUGAAGACGAAGAGGAAGAGACUUCAACGAGGAGUUCGACAGCAGGGGAGCAAAAUUAAAUAUACAUAUAUAUAUGCACACGUAUAAAACAAAAAAAAAAUAUAUAUAUAUAUAUAUAUGUAUAUAAUACGAAAUGCUGUGGAGGCGGACGAUCGCGAAUAUCGUCGUCCGACCCGUUCUUAGGUAUUACAAUAUUAUAUAUCAUGUUCGAAGCGAAACUUUGUACAGAACUAAUUUAUUAUUAUUGUUAUUUACUAUUAUUACUAUUUGCUAUUAUUAUUAUUAUUAUUAAUAUUAUUAUUCUAAUUAUUAUUAUUAUUAUUAUUAUUAUUAUUAUUAAUAAUAUUAUUCUAUCGUAUCCCAUUAUCAUUGUUCCGAUAGUUCUCCAUUGUAUCUCUAUUUUUCUCUCUUUCUCUCUCUUCUCUUCUCUGUUCUUUUUUUUUUUUGAAUCGCGUGACUGAAGAUUUUUUUUUUCUUUUUCUCUCCUCUUUUCUUUCCCCUCCCCUCCACUCUCUUUUCUUCACGGCUAACGAGAGAUGGCGUUGUCACGAGGAUACUUACUUUUGCGUGUACACAACUACGCGUGUGUAUGUAUACGCGCGAUUCUAUGCGCGGGUGCGUGUAUUCGCGGCCGAUAGCGAUAUAUAGCGUGCAUGCAUCGAGAGUAUGUCUGUUUUUUCGGUACGCGCGCGUGUGUAUGUGUGUGUGUACGUGUAUCCCCCCGCCCGCCCCCUUCGUAUAUGUAAUAUGUAUAUAUAAUAUGUAAAUGUACAUGUAUAUGUAUGUGCGUCCAUCUGUUCGCUUGCGAGCAAGUCCUCGGUGAGAGAGAGAGAGAGUGAGUACGAAGCAGAGUAACGACCAGAGAGAGGAGAGCGUUUGUAUGUACCGUGCGUAUAUAGUUACGAGCGAGAAAGUUUACGACGAAUUAGGAUUCAAACGAUGUCGCCCCUUCGUGAGAUUUUUUUAUUUUUUUUUUUUUUUCCCUCGGACUUUUUUUUUCCUUUUUUAGCCUUUCGGAUAGCGCUAUUUUUUUCGACGAUCAAUCGGAUAUUAAUACCUUCUUUUUUUUUUUUCUUUUUCCCUUUCCAUUACCAUCCUUCCUCCCGGGACGAUGUCACAUGGAUCUCGAAACGAGGAUCGUUCGAGGGUACAGCUUUCGGAUCGAUUGUUCCACAAUUGGUAAUGUACAGUGCAUAGAAACAAAAAGAAAGAGAAAAACAAACUCAUUACCCGGCAAUCUGGGAUUUCCAUGCGGCAAGCCCGUCUUGCCGGGUCAUCGAGUGCUGAAUAAUUUAAUUUUUCAAUCAGACUUUUUUUUUUUUUUUCUUUUUUUAAUAAAAUUGAACCAUUCACUUACAUCAUAGUAAGAAAAAUUCGAAAUUUCGUUCCUUCAAGGGGAGGGGGGCAGAAAAAAAAAUUACCUCGAUCCGGAAGUCGUGACGAUUCCUUUCAUGGAGCCCUCCACGAUCGUGGUUUUGCCUGAACCGUGGACAACGUCCCCCCAUGGAUCGUCGUGGGACGUCGCUAAAAAUCAAAAUUCCCGCUCGAUCGCGUUAGCCAUAUCGAUCGAACGAGCGUAAUUUUUUUUUUCUUUUUGUAAUUGGAAAAAAAAAAAAUUUCUCGACAAAAAGGGGAGAGGAAAGCUUAUGGUGAAAAGGAUUAGAAAAUUUUUUGCGAGACAAUUGAAACCGUUCGAUAAUGACCGAAGUGUUUAGUAACUUUCUUUUAGGGACAUUUCAGCAGCGAAUCCCCCAUCGGCUUUCCUUCGCCCAAACUUUUUCGACAUUUUUUUCGUGCGCCUCCGAUGAUGUGGUGGCAACAUGUGAAACAUUACUCGCGAUAUGUAUAAAUACAGAUAAAUAAAAUGGAUGAUAAAUAAAUGAAUAUAUAAAUAUAUAGAUAGAAGAAAAAAAUAUAUAUAAAAUAUAUAUAUAUAUAUAUACACACACAUAUAUAUAUAUAUAUAUAUAUAUAAAUGAGAAACCGGGCGUCGUCGUCAACGGCGUGCAGACGACGAGACGGAUUAUUCCAAGUUUUCGAGAUCGAAAUCUGCGAGAAGAUAAUAAAAAUCUUAAAAAAAAAAUAAAUUUGGCCUUUCAAAUUCGAACAAUUUUUCAAAGAUUGAAAUCUCAAACAUUUUUCUUCGUUCGAUUAAAAUUUUUCUUUUCGAAUUGAAAUUGAGAGAGAGAAAAAACUUCUUUCUUUUUAUUUUUUUUCCAAAAAUUUCUCCCCCGUUUCGAUCUCGAAAAUCGCGAACAAAUGACGAUUAUGUGUUGUUAUCGCACGGUUGAUGAUAAUUAUUUAUUUAUAUGGAUGAUGAUAAUGAUAAUGAUGCUGAUGAUAAUGAUGAUGCUGAUGAUACUGAUGAUGAUGAUGAUGCUGAUGAUGAUGAUGAUGCUGAACAAGCGAUGAUGAAUACGAUGAACGCUGCUGAUGAUAAAUGAUAAUAAUGAUGAUUGACGCACUACGACGCUAUUUGUCCGAUACGAUUUAUUAAUUGAAACGCCGGUGGUGAUAAUAAUGCUGAUAGUGAUGAUCACGAUAACAAUAAUGUAGAAACGUAAAACGAUGACGAUGUAACGAACAAAGAUUCGAUGAUGUUCCUGUUAAUAAAUAAUAAUGAUAAUUAAAUAAACGAAA